AUGGCAAGUGAGCUGACAACCCCUCUGGUACAAGUAGCGAGUCAAGCAGAUACGCUGGUUGCGGCACAAGCAUUCGGAAGAAAACGACGCUGCUCAGAGCUGUGGUGGCUGGCUUGGUGUGCUGUUCCGGCUUUUUGGUGUCACGCAGGUGCUGCCAUCGCGGAGAAAGGUGCCUUCUCCAUUUGCGUGCCUGGCAGCUUCGGGCCAGCAGAUGGCAAGGCAGCGCCGCAAGCCAAGCCACCCUGUAGAAGGUUUGCGCCACUGAUUCAAAGAAUGGAACCAUCCCUGUUGGAGCUUGGCUUAGGAACACAGAGGGCGAUUCCAGGGCGAUGUGGCCCAGCAUUGUCGGGUAAAGCUGUCUUUUUCGGGAGCCGGUCUUGGGUGAAGCAGAGCCUGCCACAGGAAACAGGAAAGUGGCAGGAGAUGGCAGUGAAGGGGAGCAACAUCCCGGGCUGUGAUAGAGUCUGA